AUGUCUCACAGCGCCCGUCCGUCCGCGCCCACACACCCCCAUACAUCACCAAAAAGGCUCAGUCAGUUCCACGAGCAGAAUGCCAAGCAGCCCCAAAUGCCCACGUUCCGGGCCCUUUCUUUCUACGCGGGCUAUUGUGAAGGAUCGAGACCAGUGGGUAGAGCCAAAGUUAGUUUCCCGAAGCUCUGCAAUGGGUGUGGAAGGGGCAGAGAAGCUCUUGCAACUGUUUAG